CCACAGCCUGGUCAGAAUAAAUUACAAGUUGUUGUUGUUCAGGUGUCGCGGUUGCGUUUAGUUUGUGUGUUUGGCAAACAAAUUGUUUGCGCGUUUUAAGUAAAACCCCUGCUCGCAUUUUGCGAUUGCGGCCGUAUCAUUCAAUUAUUUAUAUUUAUUGUGUGAACAACUGUGCUAUUUUUGUGGUUUUUUUUUUAUUGUUUGCGAAAAUCUAUUGCAAUUUCUUGUGCUGUUUAGGCCAAAAUUGUAAUCUUAUCGGAGCAGUUAAGCCGCGAAGCAUGAGUCGCAUCGCUCUAUAAUCAGCUAACAAAUAACGGCUUGAGUAUUGAACGAAACGCAAACCUGCGAUCUAUAAGAAAUAAGAAAGAAAGAAAGAAAGAAUUUAUUUGAAAAAAGAAGAAUAGACACGAAUAUGCCUGCAAAGACGGUAACGCGGCAACAAAGCCAAUCACCUGCGCAGCAAUUGCAGCAGCAACACCAGCGCGAUGUGGAGAAUGGACUCUAUCCGAAUAUACCAGUGGAACGACGCACGCCAACAAGGCCGCAAACACUGCGACAGGAUACUAUAGACAUGGAGGAGAUACCACUUAAUCAGAUGAAUGGACAAGGAGAGCCGGAGGAUCGCAUUAAAAUGCGUGAAAUAUUCGAUAAGCAUGAUUCAGACGGAGACGGAGCGAUCAGCACACACGAGUUGAAGGAGCUAAUCUCCACGGGCUAUUGCCGUGACAUUCCGGCGUAUAUUGCGGAGCAGAUUUUGCGACGCGGCGAUGCGGACAACAAUGGGCAGCUGGACUUUGAGGAGUUCUAUACCAUGUCGCUGCAUCACAAGUGGAUGAUACGCAAUCUAUUGACCAGAUACUGUCGCUAUGUGGUGCCACCACCGAAGCCGCUCGAGGGAGACGAACCGGAUGGUGCCUAUGAGAAGCAGAUGUCCAUGUGCCCGCCACCACUGACCAUGGUUAUAUUCUCGAUCAUUGAGAUUAUUAUGUUUCUAGUGGAUGUGAUCUAUUUUCAAGAUGAUCCGAACCACAAUCAGCGUCUGGGCGAGAGCACCAAUGGUCCAGCGGCCACGUUGUUUAUCUAUAAUCCCUACAAGCGUUACGAGUCCUGGCGCUUUGUUAGCUACAUGUUUGUCCAUGUGGGCAUUAUGCAUUUGAUGAUGAACUUGAUUAUACAGAUAUUCCUAGGCAUUGCUCUGGAGCUGGUGCAUCAUUGGUGGCGUGUGGCUUUGGUCUAUUUGGCUGGCGUCUUGGCCGGCUCCAUGGGCACCUCGCUGACCAGCCCGCGUAUCUUUUUAGCUGGCGCCUCGGGCGGCGUCUAUGCGCUAAUCACAGCACACAUUGCCACCAUCAUUAUGAACUAUUCCGAAAUGGAAUACGCCAUCGUACAGCUGCUGGCAUUCUUGGUGUUCUGCUUCACCGAUCUGGGCACAUCGAUAUAUCGCCAUCUAACCGAUCAGCACGAUCAGAUUGGCUAUGUGGCGCACUUGUCUGGAGCUAUUGCUGGCCUGCUAGUGGGCAUUGGUGUGCUGCGCAAUCUCGAGGUGCGUCGCUGGGAGCGCAUACUCUGGUGGGUGGCGGUCAUCUUUUAUUUUGCGCUCAUGACCACCGGCAUCAUCAUACACGUCUUUGUGCCCGACUAUUUUCCCAAGGCCGAGUACAAUUGAAUGAAUGCGGAUGCGGAUGCGGAUGCGGCGCCUGGAGAACAAUCACAACAAAUUAGCUUUAAGCUGCUGCGCAUAGCCUAAAUCUAAGUCUAUAUUUAAGCCUCAGGUUGUUGUCUAUGUGCGCAUGUCCCAAAGUGCACUUGAACUAGGCCAUUAGCUGCAGUACAUAAGUAAAUACAUUUAUAUAUAUAUAUACAUACAUAUAUGUAAUGUAUUUACAUAUGCAUGCAAGCUUUAUUUUUGAUACCAAUCAUAUUUAUAAAUGUUAAUCUAGCUUGUAGUCAGCAGCAUUGUCGCUCCUCUCUCUCUAUUUAACUACCUCUGUCUCUCUCUCUCUCUCUUCCACUCUCUGCAUCUCUUUUCAACAUGUGUAUUCACCGUGUACCGCUUGCCUUUGGAACGCUUUUCAUAAGUAUUUAAAAAAAUGCACUUAGUUUAACUACUGUAGUCCUAGUUUUAAGUUCAAGAGUGCUGACUAUUUAUUUAUUUACUUGGCAACUAAAAUUCAAAUUUAACUGAACUGCAAACAAAAAUAUAACGUAUACAUA